UUUGAAGAUUAGGUAGAAAGCGAAAGUAUCUGUAGCUUCGGAUGCUUCAGCUAUGGCGGCCGAGAAUCCUUCAAACGGUGUAGACGUCGACACGAGUCUCGCUUCCCAUUCAAACGAUAACCCCAAAGCCAAUGUUUUGACCAAUCAUGACUCUUCCAUGGCGUUGACAAUCCCUUCCACCGCCGUUUGUCUCGGCCGUUUCGCCGGAGAUGCAGCAGGCGGCGCCGUCAUGGGGUCUAUAUUCGGCUAUGGUUCUGGAUUGUUUAAGAAGAAAGGAUUUAAGGGAUCAUUUGCGGAUGCCGGUCAGUCUGCAAAGAAUUUUGCGAUUUUAUCUGGAGUGCACAGUUUGGUUGUUUGCCUUCUGAAGAAACUGCGAGGGAAAGAUGAUGCCAUUAACGUUGGAAUUGCUGGAUGCUGCACUGGCCUUGCUCUUAGUUACCCCGGUGCACCACAAGCAAUGCUACAAAGCUGUGUCACUUUUGGUGCCUUUUCUUUCAUCCUCGAAGGACUCAACAAAAGGCAAACAGCUUUGGCUCACUCUGUCUCCUUGAGACAUGAUCCAACCAGAAGUCUCAAAAAUGAUUUACCACUCUCCUUGGCUCUCCCAAUCCAUGAAGAGAUCAAAGGAGCUUUCUCAUCCUUCUGCAAAUCUUUAACAAAACCCAAGAAGCUCGCGUUCCCUAGCUCACGUUGAUCGAAGUUUUUUUUAUCCUACUACUUCCUUUUGUAGAUGUUAAAAGAACAGAUGUAAACAAGAAUCAUGUUUCAAAACAUUUCCAUUCUAUGUGCUCCAAUAUCUUAAAAGUUGCCUU